CAUGGCUCCCUCAACAAGUACCACCACAGCCACCCGCUGCGGGAGAGGGCCCGCAAGCUGUCCCAGGGCAUCCUCGUCAUCAGGUUCGAGAUGCCCUACAACAUCUGGUGCGACGGCUGCAAGAACCACAUCGGGAUGGGCGUCCGGUACAACGCGGAGAAGAAGAAGGUCGGCACUUACUACACGACACCCAUCUACAGGUUUCGGAUGAAGUGCCACCUCUGCGUCAACUACAUCGAGAUGCAGACGGACCCGGCGGGCUGCGACUACGUCAUCGUCAGCGGGGCCCGGCGCAAGGAGGAGCGCUGGGACAUGAAGGAUAACGAACAAGUCCUGCCCACCGAGCGGGAGGAGAAGGAGAAGCUGGAGACGGACGCCAUGUUCCGGCUGGAACACGGCGUGGCCGACCGGGCGACGCUACAGCGAGCCGUCCCCACGUUGGCCAGUCUGCAGGAGGCCCAAAGCGCCUGGAAGGAUGACUUCGCCCUCAACAGCCGGCUCCGGAGGCACUUUAGGGAGGAGAAGAAGACGCUGCGGGAGGAGGAGGAGGAGGCGGCGGCGCUGCAGGCGAAGGCCGGCCUGAGCAUCCCUCUGGUGCGGGAGGCGGAGGAGGACCGGCGCCUGGCCGCGCUGCUCAAGUACCACAGCCCCGACUCCUACGAGGAGAAGCAGAGGAUGAAGCGGACGGAGAUCUCCACCCGCUCCUGGUUCUCCCCGGCCACCGGUGGCAGAGCCGGCGAGGCGCUGCGGAAGCUGGGCCUGGGGGGGCGAGCGCUGCGGGGCCGAGGGGGCCCCCCCGCUACCCUCGCUGGCCUGGGCAUCGUCCGGCGUCGCUCCGGAGAGGGGCCCGAGGGGCCGGUGGAGCCCGGGGGGCCGGAGCGGGGUGAGACAACCCCCUGCAGCCCCCCCACACCCGCCAGCGCCGCAGGGGGGGGCCGAGGCCAGGACAGCCCCCCCUGCCACCCCCCCGGCUGCCCCAUCCACCUCCCUCGUCGCCGACUAUUCCGACUCCAGCUCCGAGGCGGAGACCACCUGAGUGGUGUUUUGGGGCUGGACCCCCCGCUCCCGGCUGGUCCCGGGGGGCACCUGGGCCCCCUCCCCACCCCCACGCUCCCCCCCUCCCCCUGUAAUUUAUAUGCCCCCCCCUCGCCCCGACAUUAAAAGCUGUUGGCAGCACGGGCGCAGUCGUGUCCCUCCGCUCCUUCGUGCGGCCGCAGCGCGAGUGACCUCCCCCGGCACGGCAUGGGAGCCCCGUGGGGACGGGGCUCCGGGGUGGGGGCGCCUGGGGGGGG